AAACCCAUUAUAGAUCCUUUGACGGACUUCAUACCUCUCAUUCCUACAAACGAUCGAGCUCACACAUAAAUACAAUUGUGGAAUUUACAUAUGAGAGAAAACUUGUGGAUCAACCCAACAAGCUUUUUUGGAAAGCUAUAACAAAAGACGGGCGGAAAAUUAUUGUUAAAUUCACAUGGGAUUACAAUCAAAGGGCACACAAACUGUGUAGCGAAAUUGGAAAAGCGCCAAAAUUACUCUACAUUAACAAAGAAGUGGUGGAUGGAUUUUACAUAGUAGUUAUGGAUUACGUUGAGGCCGAGCAACUUUACGAGUGCAACUCACUUAGUCAUGAUGAAUAUAAAGCGGUUUUCAAGGACAUCAAAGAAGCUAUCGACAAACUGCAUGAGGAAAAUAUUGUCUUUGCUGACCUCCGAGAAGUCAUGCGCUAUCCAUCUUUCAUGAAUCAUAAACAUAUUAAUUGGCCACCAGUGGCUGAAGAUAGGAAGAAGCUGUGUCGUAAACAUGAUGUUUAUUGGUUGGAGUUGUUGAAAUCUAAAUACUUGGGUGAGAGUGUUGAGAAAACGAAACUGAGACAGGAGCUUAAGGCCAGAACUGAUGAGCUGAAGGAAACUAUAUCACAUUAUUCAGUUGAGAUUGGCAAACUUAACGGCAUAAUUGUGGAACUAGAGAAAAAUAAGACAGUUAUAGCUAAACUCGAGUCUGAAAAUGCAGAGUUUAGAGAUAGGAUCACAAAAGUGGAGCAGAGACAGAUGCUAAGUGAUAAUGUUUCUAAGGUAACCAAUUCUUCCAAUAACAGCUCGUCUAACUUCAAUUUGCUUGCAGAUCAGUUACCUAUGGAAAUGGAUACUUCAUUACCUGAAGAAUCGAUACCAGAAGGGUUACCAGAGCCAGCUGUUAAUAUACCUGUUAUGGACCAAU